AAGAAGCGAUGGUCUAGGUAUCGACUUAAACUCCAACGUACGCCACGAGAACGGUUUCCUAGGUGCUUUGGGCAUGCUCAGAUAUUGUGUACUCUCCUCUGACCCGAUUUUUAGGGCGUCUAUCUUUGGGACACUCGCCGGCGGCUUUGAGAGUUCGCCCGGGUGA